CUUCCUUGUAGGGGUACUUUUUCUUUGAAAUGCAUCAACAUGCAGAGCUUUCAGAAACCGCUCUUCAGUCUGUGCUUAGCUCUGUUCUGUGUGAGCAGUGUUGCAGGUUUGGUUCGUGUGUUUGGAUAUGAAGGCAGAGAUGUGGCUGUUUCCUGCUCAUACCCUGCGGGUUAUCAGACUUAUGAGAAGUACCUGUGCAGGAACGACUGUGAUUACAGUGACAUCCUUAUCACGACAUCACAAAAAAAUAAAACCAGAUACUUUGUCUAUGAUGACAAAAGCACAAGAAUCUUCACAACAACAAUUUCUAACCUUGUGGCAACCGACGCAGGGAAGUAUUGGUGUGGGGUGAGCAGGAAUGGAAAAGAUAUCUACACUGAAAUCAAACUAGAAACAAUACAAGACAGUUGCUGCAACACUGUGAAUAACAUCCAAGGUGAUGAAGAAGGUUCAGUGUCCAUCAGCUGUCCCUAUGACUCUGGGUCUGUCGACAAGCUGAAGUAUAUAUGCAGAGGAAACCGUCCCUCCACAUGUCUACAGCAGGCAGUAAUCACCUCUAACAACAGAGAAAAUGGACGAUUCAGACUCACUGAUGACACGAAAUCAAGAAUAUUCACAGUGACCGUUUCCAGUCUCACUCUGAAUGAUUCUGGGUCGUAUCUUUGUGGUAUGCAAAAAAACACAGGACCAGAUGUUUUCUCUGCUGUUCAACUGAAAGUCAAGGAAUGGUGCUGUGUGAAGUCACAAAAAAUGAAAGGAAUUGUGGGCCAUCCAAUAACCUUCCAAUGCCCUUAUCCACCUCAUCUACGAGAUAACAGGAAGUUCCUCUGCAAAGGAAGACAACGCAGCAACUGCACAGACAUGAUGAUGGGCCAAAGCAGAUUCUUACUGCACAGUGAUUCCUCUGAGUCUUUCUCAGUCACAAUCUCACAGCUGGAAGAAGGAGAUUCUGGGACGUACUGGUGUCGCUCAAGCCCACAGUGGAUCGUUGGAAACUAUACCCAGUUUCAUCUGUCUGUAGGAACCAAAGAACAGAAUGAAGGCAGAAAGACAAAGUUCGAGGAGCUGCCAGCACAUGGCACCACAGCAGUGUAUGACCACCAGAGCAACACAGUAACUGCUGCCCGUACGCCUACACCACUGGUCUCUAAAGAACACAUUGAAGGGCUUCCUGAUGCAGCUGUUUAUUCACUUAUUGCUGUACUUUCUGUGCUGCUGCUGACGCUGACAAUCCUCCUGGUCAUAGUUUGCAACAAGAAAUGUCACAAAGUAAAAGAAACAGAAGUCAUCGCCAUGGGAAACAAGCUUGAUUUUAAAGAAGCGUGUGGAGGAGAAGAUGUGUAUCAGAAUCAUGACGCUGUAGUAAUGAAUUCACAGCAGAACGCCCCAAAAGAACAAUAUGCCCGUUACCACUUGGAUGACCUGGAUGGAGACGGAGAAGGAGAUUAUGAAAACGUCACAGCAGCAGAGGACAUCUACUGUAACCAGGAUUUCCAUAAAACCCAGAGAAGAUGAAGAGCAUGUUCACCCCUUAGUCCUGUUUAUACACAGAUAAUCAUUUGUAACUUGCAACUCAAAGUUAGGUUUCUGCUCUGAAAAUAUUGCAUUUGUUUUCCGGAAAUGAUUUUAUGCUUUUUUCAAUAUUUGCAAUAUGUUUAGUUUAGUUUGUUUUGUUGAUUUUAAAAUACUAUUUUCCACUGGAAGUAUUUGCAUGGCUUGAUUUUAUUGAAACUUGCAUAGCUUGAUUUUAAUGAAACAACAUAAUUAUUGCGCUGUUGCUGAAAGCAUGCACUAAUUCAGACAAAAAAGCUAAUUUUUUUUCCAGCUUGCCAAUCAAAGUAAAUAUGAUUUAAAAACAAAUGGAAACAAAAAUGCCUGUUAUUCAUAAUUAUGUUUUUUGUAAUUAUAGGCCUAAUUACUGUAAUGCAACGUAAUGUGACUCCAGUAAAUCCGAUCUGUCACUUCAAUUUUUUUAGAGUAAAACAGAUCACUAAAAUAAAGUAAUAGAAACCAAAAACACCAUACAAUAAUUUAAGUAUUAAAUAUGUUUUCAUUGGCUUUUAUUCUUUAAUGAAUUUACUUCUCUUUAGCGCAGUCUUAUGUAGCUUAGAUAAAGAAGCAAAGAUAAAGACUUUUUCAGUUCACACUUUGUUUGGUUUCACUUCUUUGUUAACGCUAAGCUGAAGCUGUUCCUCUUUUUGAAAAAUGUUCCUUAGAAUCAAUGUCGAUGUCAUGAAAGUGGCAUCAAAGAGAUUUAUUAAUAGUUCCUCUUCUAGCUACUUUUUGUACCAAAAACACUGCAUGCGUGGUGUUCCUGAAGUCCGGGUACAAGUCUUUCUUAAAAAGUAAUUUUCAACAUUGAUCUAUAUUUACGGAUUUAAUUUUGAGCAACUCGCUAUAAUUUGAUCCCCUUUGCUUAAAUUUAGGCAUAAAAGAACUAACUCAACAUGGCUUCUUUGUGCUCAGACAGGAUGCUGGGUGUGUACAUGAAUCAUCAUGUUGUUUUUUUUCUUUCAACUUUGCUCUUUCACUGCAACUCAUAUUAUUGUGCAUGCAGAAAAACGGACUGUCAAUGUGUCUUGUUUUUACGCAGGCUAAGUCUCUUUAUUUGCCUAAAAUGUAACAUUUAUAUCUAUUAUCUAUUUUGGGUUUGUGGGUUUAAGAAAAGUGUAAAAAGAAAUAUCAUAGCCUUUAAGAAUUUGUUGGACGGCAUAAGGUGAUUUUUUAUGUUUUUUUUACAAAAGUGUUCUCCACUUGAAUAAAUAAAUGAAUGAGAUGCAUCUGAGU